AUGUAUCGCAACUCAGUUCGUCUUGUCGCGAUCUUGCUGGCGGCCAUCGGCUCGCUGGCCACCGCGGCGCCGUAUGUCCCGGUGGUGCUCCCGCCGGGGGCGAUCCCCGCCUUGGGACCCGGCGUGAUCCCUGCCCCGGGGGUCUUCGGCAAGGAGUACUCGCACAACAUCGACCACGACUUUAUGGGCGGAGUCGAUCCCGAACAGGUCGUCGCCUGGGACGGGCUCGGCGGAACUCUCGACGGCAUCGACUACAGCGGCAGCCGCGGGCCCAAUUUUCCGCGGGAAGAAGAGGUCGACGCCCUCGCCAACCACGGCGAUGCGCUUUACACGAGCCUCUACAAUCCGAGUAGCGGAGCGAUGCCAGAUACCGCCCACCUGGUUUUCACAAUCGACGACGCCGUCGCCGGGUACGGCGGCCCCAUCGGCCCAGGGACUCUUAUUCCCGCCGUGCCGGGCGCCUUCGUCCCACCUAGCGGCCCUGUGGCCCUGUCCAACGGCAACACCAUCGGUGGAUCAGCAGACAUCUCGGUUGAAGAGGCUGGCGUCUACGCCGGCUUCGCCGUGCAGCAUCUCUGGACACCCGCGCCACUAGUCAACGGAAUGGCGGCGAUGCGUGACGUCGAUGGCCUUGAGCUCUGGGGCCCGGAACCGGGGACCGCCGCCGACUCGAACAAGUACUCGCUCGACGUCGAUGUGACAACCGGAGGCGCCUCCGUGUGGAACUAUGACCUCGGUCUUGGAACGAGCUCGCCGUAUAUCAGUCACGCCCUGAUCGUCGACGCGGUCGAAUCACUCCUAGGGACUGUCCCUACGACGGCUUUCUCCAGCAGCGGCGAUUUUCCGGGCCGGGAGGCGGUAAACCUCGACGCUAUGAUGGUGCGGGACAUUAUCGGAGACGACAUGAUCUUCGAGACCGACCCGGCCGGCGUCGGCAGUGACUCGAUCAUCUUCAGCAUCCGUCAAAUCGUUGACCCGGCCGACCCGGAUGGUUUCUAUGCGACCGGAAGCGAGUUGUUUGUGUUGAAUGCUCCGGUGGCCGGCGGUCCGGUCACGGCGGGCUAUCUCUUCCACGGCGGCCACUUCUGGGACCACGCCUAUGCGAUAUCGGACUUGCGGAUCGCGGGAGCCAACGCCCUGGCAUACAUCGAUGUCAACGGCAUCGAAGCGAUUGGCGAACUCGUUGUUCCCGAGCCUUCCACGCUCGGAGUGGCUCUCAUCGGCUUUGCUAUGGCCGCCGCUAG